AUGAUUGCCUUGUUAGUACUAGCGUUUGUUGCUGUAUCUACAGCCCAGGAUCCACCAAGAUGUUGUAUUGAUAAAGAAUUUGAAGCGUAUCUUGAUGAAGCUGGUAGUUUCGUUAGUGCUCAAGACAAGGAAUUUCAUCCUUUAAAGGGUUAUACAACAGUAGCCUAUGAUUACUAUGCAAAGAAAAUGUCAUUGAGAGUUCAUAACACCUUUGAAAACGGAACAGAAAUUGCUGGAACUCUCAUCUUCGAUUACGAAAACAAACUGGAAUACGCAAUUUACAAAAGAAAAUGUACCAUCUAUAAAUUACCGUUACCAAUGAGAAGUCCUUGCAUAUCAGAUAAUGCUACAUAUGACGGUGAAUUAACUAUGGGAUAUGGAGCCCACACACUAAAAUUACAUACAUGGAAAGAUGUACAACCAGGAACUAAUUUCCCAGUCAAGUUAUCAGUUUCUAUUGAUGGUUGUGUACCAGUUGUAGAAUCAAUUUAUGUAGACACCCCUAAAGCUAAAUCAGAAAUUGUAUAUAUUAUAAGUAACUUUCAUGCUGGUAUUAAAAAUAGAAAGAGAUUUACCAUCCCUAAUUCUUGUCAUGGUGUUACUGUAAAGGAAUCUACUUUAAUUGGUUGA